GUGGCCCCUCCGGCGCAGGCGCGCGCGCGAGAUGCCCCGCGACGAGAUGGCGGCUUCGCUGAUCCAGCGGGUGGCCCGACAGGCUCGGGCGACCUUCGGGUCUGGGUCGGGCGAAGCUGCGGGCUCCGAGUUGCAACGUCUGCGGGAGCUGCUGGGCCAAGUGAGCGCCGAAGACCUGGGCUUGCAACCGCGGGGUCCUUCUCCCGUGCCCGGACCGAACCAACCGCCCGUCAGCUACAUGCACAUCUGCGAGACGGCGCGCUUCAGCAUGGGCGUCUUCGUGCUCCGCGCCGGCGCCUGCAUCCCGUUGCACGACCACCCGGGCAUGCAGGGCUUGCUCAAGGUGCUCUACGGCACGCUGCGAAUCGCCUGCCUGGACGCUGCCGCGGCCGACGUGGAAGUCGACGCGCUCGACGAGUCCGACGAGCCCAAGGACGCCGGCGCUGCCUCCUCCACCCGUCCCCGCCGCCUGCGCGCCCAGCUCCGCUCCCACCGCCUCUACACGGCCGCCGCGCCGCCCUGCCUGCUCUCCCCGCAGCGGGACAACCUGCACCAGAUCGCCGCCGAGGGCACCGGGCCAGCCGCUUUCCUCGACAUCCUGGCGCCGCCUUACGACCCGGCGCGCGGACGCGACUGCCACUACUACCGGCUGGCCGACGGACAGAGCCUCCCGCCGGCGCCCGCCGCACCCGUCCAGCCCAGCGUCCUCUGGCUGCUGGAGACCCCGCAGACACCCGACUUCUGGUGCGGCGGGGAGCCUUACCCGGGCCCGCGCGUCUCUCCCUGAAGCCCCCGAGGACGGACGGGGGAGGAGGAGGAGGCCCCGGCCUCUGGAGCCUUUCCUAACUUUCCUAACGGCGGGGCUGCCGGGGAAAAAAAGAUUCCCGCCUGGACUUUUCUGCUGGGUUCAACGCUGCCCCCACCUUCGUCCCCCGCUUAAGGGGUGUCAAACAACGGUUCUGAGAUACACGGACUGACUCCCCCCCUCCUCUUUUUUUUUUUUUUAACUCGAAUUAUUUUGCACAAAGUUUUAUUAAAAGAAGAGAAAACAGCCUUCUUUGCUGGGUGCAGAAUCCUUUUUUUUUUUUUUUUUUGGGUGUGGUGGGAGAUCCAUUUGACCAGGGGGGGAAAAACUGUAAUUCUAUAGAACUGAAGAUGCCCCCACCCCUCCUCCCUCUUUCUCUCUCUCUUGUCUUCUAUUCUUACUUUUUUCGGAUUUGCUUCCCUGGUUUCCCGCAAAGGGAUAUUUCAGUUUGGGAAAUACUUUCAAAAGUUAUGGAGGAAAAGAACAUCCCAGGCUUCUUAAAGCCACUUUUCCUUUUUAAUGGAUGAUGGGGGGGAGGGGGGGGCAUUCCCGAGGCCAGCUGCAAAACAGCUGUCUUAUAUUCACAACAGUGUCAGCUGUUUGCCUCCAUCAGUGGUGGCUGUUAAAGCUUUUGGAAGUUAACAUGGUUCUUUUGUAAGUGGAAGAAAAACGAAUUGUAGCUUCGUUUUAAACAGAAGCACCGUAAAGGAGGUGGGGUAGGGAUUCAGUUUACAAUUUAAAAUAGGUUUAGCUACCUGGGCUAAGCUACCUACUCAGCCGCUUUCAGCCAGCGAAGAGAAAUGUUUACAUUAAUCUAGCACAAAGAUUGGAUAUUUUUCAGUUUGGAAAACAAGUCUAAUGUUUGGUGUUUUUAUUACUGUUGGUCUUUUCUGAGCAAAGGACAACCAAGAUCUUGUUAAAAUCUCAGCAUUGUACAGAUUUACACCCAAGAGCAACUGUAUUUCGUAUAGAGAGUAAAACUGACGGAAUGAGACGUCUCUGAGAGUGCCUGUUUUCUGGGAUCGAAGGCUAAAGCCGGAGUUCCCAAAAGCAAGAUACCGCCUGCCAUUCAGGCUGGGUUGAGGGAAGCCAGGUUCCCUCCUGCAUCCAGACCUCCGGUUCCCCAUCUGGGGAGACCUGCUUCCGAAGGGAGGAAAGGGGGGAGUCUUUCUCCCCAUUUUCGGGUGGGUGGGUGGCAGGGACUGUAUAUAGUAGCUUAGGCUGAGCGGAUUCAGCCAAUGGGACGCCAUUCACUCGUGAUUUAUUUCAACUGGGGAAAGUCGAAUAAUUUUGGGGCCACAGUAAAUUAGAAUAAUGGGUCUGUUCUAGAACAGCAUUUGCCUGAAGGCCACAAGACCAUCUCGGGGAACCUUUCUAUGGUCUUGGUGUCUGGUUCAUUUCUGCGGCUAAUCAGUGGGCCAGAUGGAAAAAAAGCCCAACUUUUUGGGUGUGUGUGUGUGUCUUUGUUAAUUGAAGUGUUAAACCUGAAAGAUAUUUCACACAUGAAAAGAGGGUUUCCCCCCCCUAUGAUAGGUAUCCAUGCCUUUGCCUCUUACUGAGUGACAAGAAUAAUCCAGUCCUUCAAUUUUUAGUGCCAUCCUGGAAUUGUUCCUGUCGACUUUUUCGUUCCACGCUGUAAUUGUUAUUUAUUGGCACCAUGAAGGAGAACAAUAAACGAGCCCAGGUCUA